AUGGACUCCCGCUUCGGCUUCCGUUUCUCCUCCGGCGACGUGCGGUCCGGGAGCUCGCUGUCGCUAGGUGAGCGCCUCUGCGCGGUCUUUUUCCCCUUCAUCGCCAUCGCCGAGGCCGUUUUCUUCGCCUUCACCAACUGCCUCGCGGACCUCUGCCCCGACUUCAGCUCCUCGGCCUCCGGCGCGGGCGCGUCCUCCUCCGCCGCCAAGAACAGUCGGAGCAACCAUCACCACCACCACCACCACUACAGACCUUUCCUACGCCGCGCCGCUGCGGGUGGAUGGACCUCCCUCAACCUCCGCCAGCUCGCACGCCUCGCCGACGAGUCCCGAUGCUUCUCCGUGAACGAGGUGGAGGCGCUCUUCGAGCUCUACAAGAAGAUCAGCUGCUCCAUCAUCGACGACGGCCUCAUCCACAAGGAAGAACUCCAGCUGGCAUUGUUCAAAACUCCAAGUGGCGAGAAUCUUUUUCUUGAUAGGGUUUUUGAUUUGUUUGAUGAGAAGAAAGAUGGUGUGAUCGAGUUUGAUGAGUUUAUUCAUGCUCUAAGUGACUUCCAUCCCUUGGCACCAAUGGAAGGCAAGAUUGAUUUUGCAUUCAGGUUGUAUGACUUGAGGCAAACUGGGUUUAUUGAACGUGAAGAGGUUAAGCAAAUGGUAAUUGCUUUUUUGAAGGAAUCUGAUGUGAAAUUAUCAGAUGACCUACUUGAGGCCAUUAUAGAUAAGACAUUUGAAGACGCUGAUGCAGAUAAGGAUGGAAAAAUAAAUCAAGAAGAGUGGAAGGAUUUUGUGUUACGCCACCCUUACCUGUUGAAGAACAUGACACUACCUUAUCUGAGGGACAUCACAACCGUCUUCCCUAGUUUCGUCUUCAACACAGAAGUGGAUGAUUAA